AUGGUCAACUUCAAGAAGACAGUGCGAAAAUUAUGCUUCUGUUGUGGAAAGAGAAAAUAUGAAACAAAAUCACCAGAAGAAGACACUCGAGAUUAUGGAGGUGGAAUCGAAAACGUCGCGUAUGAGAAGGAAAAUACGUUAGAAGUGGCGAAGUCGCGCAAUAUUCCUGAGCAAAAACUGGCGAAUGUGAUUCAGACGCACGACUUUUUGGAGCACUACAAGGAUAUGAUUAGCUACGAAGAUAUAAGUCGAGAAUACGAAGAACUGAAGAAUUGUUUUCGAACUGAAGUCGUGAGUCGAGUAGCUCAACUGCCUGGAAACCGCGGCAAGAACAGAUACAUGAACGUCCUCGCAAAUGAAGCUACCAGAGUGAAGCUGACUGGAUCUUACAUCAACGCAAAUUACAUCGAAAUCAAGUCGCAAGCAAGGGACUAUAUUGCUACACAAGGACCGCUUCCUGGUACAAAAGCCGACUUCUGGAACAUGAUAUGGGCAGAGAAAUCCCUUGUUAUUGUGAUGCUCGUGCAGCUUGUUGAAAACGGCAGGAUCAAAUGUGAUCAGUACUGGCCAUUUGACGAGAAGAAAGAAACCGUUUCCGAUACCCUUGAAGUAGAGAAAACGGAGGAAAAUAUACUCCCGCUCUGGACGGAAAGGACAUUUUAUUUGUCAAAUGGAACAGACACACGUAAAAUUCGCCAUUAUCAGUUCACGAGUUGGAGCUCUACUUCCGAUACCCUGCCUAAUAUUGGGGAUUUGGUGGCUUUUAUAAAGCAUGUGAGGUCAGAUUUACCGUUGGAAGAUAUUGGGCCGAUGGUGGUCCAUUGCUCUGAUGGAAGCGCAAAAACCGGACUUUUCAUUGCUCUUGACCAGAUGCUGCGAGAUCUAACAGAAGAAAGCUUCGUAAACGUCUUAGGAAUGGUUUAUCAAAUGAAGAAGUGCCGCCAGAGCCUAAUAAACUCAGAGUCCCAAUAUAAGCUGAUAUAUGACUCUGUCCGUGACAGUUUGCUCGGAAAAUUCGACGAAACAGACGCCAUCUCAGAUGGAAUCAAGACGUCUCUUUCGGUUGAAAAUCUGAACGAAGAAGAACCCCACAAACCGUACGUGAAUCCCGCACUUAUGGAUGACAGUUCAAGCGAUAGUUCCGGCUCACUCACAGAUUCAGAUGAGGAGCUGCCCACUAUUCGACCAAAUACAAUGAAAGCGACAGACAUCGCAAUCAACGACAAUUCAUCUUCCUCCGGCUCCGAGCCUUUCAAUGACUAA